AUGCCCACAUCCGCUUGCGAUCCGACAAUCGCCAGUAAAUCACACACUGUAUAUUACCUGGCUACCUUGUUCCUUCAGACGCCGCAAAUCAAAGGUAUCUAUCUAUCUAUCUAUCUAUCUAUCUAUCUAUCAUGCUGUCUUGAUUAUCUAUCACACACUCUUGAUUAUCUAUCUAUCUAUCUAUCUAUCUAUCUAUCUAUCUAUCUAUCUAUCUAUCACGCUCUUUUGAUAUCUUUCUAUCUAUCUAUCUAUCUAUCUAUCUAUCUAUCUAUCUAUCUAUCUCAUCUAUUCAUCUAUUCAUCAUCUAUCUAUCUGAUAUCUAUCUAUCUCUCAUCUACCUAUCUCAGUCUAUUCAUAUCUAUCUAUCUAUCUAUCUCAUCUAUUCAUAUCUAUCUAUCAUCUCUUGAUAACUAUCUAUCUCUCAUCUUGGAUUAUCUAUUCAUAUCUAUCUAUCUAUCUAUCUAUCUAUCUAUCUAUCUCAGCCUCUUUGAUUGUCAUCUCUCUAUCUAUCUCAGCCUGAUAACUAUCUAUCUGUCACACUCUCUUGAUAACUAUCUAUCUGUCACACUCUCUUGA